AGGUCCAAAUUCCGAGGCAGAGACAGAAGAGAGAAAACGCUUGACAUUUUUUUUUUUUUCGAUAAUAAGAAGAGAAGAAGAUUGGCUACCUCUCACUCUCUCUCAUACUCCACCACUUCUCAAACGCGCCCUGCCGCGUGGUGGUGGCGCGUGGGGUGGUGGAAAUGGGUCAGGGGCUGAGUUGCGGAGGAGACCGCCAUGAAAGAGCUCUCUUGAGAGCUCUUAGAGACGGCGACGUGGAUGACGUAACCGAGUUAACUCAGACUCAGACUCAGACUCAGUCCUUCCAGACCCUUUCUUUUGGUCGAGGGAAGCUCUCUGCUCUGCAUGUGGCUGCUGCUAAUGGUCGGAUCGAGCUACUUUCCAUGCUUUUGGAUCGGUUUGGUAACCCUGAUGUUCUGAAUCGCCACAAACAGACCCCAUUGAUGCUGGCUGCUAUGCAUGGGAAUGGCGCUUGUGUGCAGAAGCUCUUAGAAGCAGGAGCUAACAUAUUGAUGUUUGAUUCUGUAAAUGGAAGAACCUGCCUCCAUUAUGCUUCUUACUAUGGUCAUUCAGAUUGCUUGCAAGUCAUUCUCUCCGCAGCUCGAUCCAGCCCUGUUGCAAAUUCAUGGGGAUUUGCAAGAUUUGUGAACAUAAGAGAUGGAGGUGGUGCCACCCCACUGCAUUUAGCAGCCCGUCAAAGGCGGCCUGAGUGUGUUCAUGUUCUUUUAGACCACGGGGCUCUUGCUUGUGCUUCUACUGGUGGAUAUAGCUAUCCUGGGAGCACACCACUUCACUUGGCUGCUCGCGGUGGUUCCUUGGAAUGCGUCCGCGAGUUGCUUGCUUGGGGAGCUGAUAGGCUUCAACUAGAUUCGAAUGGGAGAAUACCAUAUACAGUUGCUAUGAGGCACAAAAACUGUGCUUGCGCAGCUUUGCUGAACCUGUCAGCUGCGGAGCUGCUUGUCUGGCCAUCACCUUUGAAGUUCAUCAGUGAGCUUAAUCCAGAAGCAAAGGCUCUGUUAGAGAGAGCUUUAAUGGAGGCAAACAUGGAGAGGGAGAAGGCAAUAUUAAAGGAGACAGUCUACUCAGCUCCAUCUCCUAUAAAUUCUGAUGUUGAGGCUGAUGAUAAUGCCUCUGAGGCUAGCGAAGUUGAGUUGUGCUGCAUAUGCUUCGACCAGAUGUGCACGAUCGAGGUCAGACCGUGCGGUCAUCAAAUGUGUGCGCACUGCAUUCUAGCCCUGUGCUGCCACAAGAAGCCCAAUUCGAGAUCUACCUGUCCUACGUCCCCGUUAUGUCCCUUUUGCCGAAGCAAUAUUAGCCAACUAGUCGUUGCAAAUGCCAACACCAAUAAUGACAUGGAAACAGCAGAAACUAGUGCUUCAAAACCUUGGAAAUCGAGAAAGUCAAACUUUAGCGAGGGAAGCAGUAGCUUUAAGAGCUUAUCAGCUGUGGGCUCAUUCAGUAGGAUGGGCGGGCGCAAUUCUGGAAAAGUUGCUGCUGAGUGCAGUGAAGAUGUUGACAAGCCAUGAACGGUCUUUCUGUUUCAAUCAAAAGUUGAUGGUUCAGCCGAUGGAGCUCUCCCCAAUUUCCUUAGACGCCAGGAUCCUCGCGCUGGUGUCAAUACAUGUCUUGAGUUUAAAAUUUAGGCAAGAUCUCAAUGUGCUAAGCAUAUAUGAGGGCCGUGGCAUUUUGUUUCGCGGCGUUUUUUUUUUUUUCUUUUUCGUUAGAUUGAGGCAGCAGCCCUUUUUCAAGAACUCUCUUUCCAGAUACAGAUAUAUUCCACAUUAUAUAAAGGUAAUAUCCCUUACAAGGCUAUUCAAUA